AUGGCAGACGCUCCGGGUCUCAUCCCCAUCUUCCUUCUGGGCUAUCUACUCAGCACUGAAUGUGCAGUUUUUCUUGAUCGCGAAAAUGCCACCAAAAUUCUUACCCGUCCAAAGAGAUAUAACUCAGGGAAACUGGAAGAGUUUGUUCAGGGAAACCUUGAGAGAGAGUGCAUAGAAGAAAGAUGCAGUUUUGAAGAAGCACGAGAAGUUUUUGAAAACACUGAAAAAACUACUGAAUUUUGGAAGCAGUAUGUUGAUGGAGAUCAGUGUGAAUCAAAUCCUUGCUUAAAUGGUGGAAUAUGCAAGGAUGAUAUUAAUUCCUAUGAAUGUUGGUGCCAAGCUGGAUUUGAAGGAAGGAACUGUGAAUUAGAUGCAACAUGUAGCAUUAAAAAUGGCAGGUGUAAGCAGUUUUGUAAAAACAGCCCUGAUAACAAGAUAAUUUGUUCCUGCACUGAGGGAUACCAACUUGCAGAAGACCAGAAGUCCUGUGAACCAGCAGUUCCAUUCCCAUGUGGAAGAGUUUCUGUUGCCUACAAUUCUAAAAAGAUCACCCGUGCUGAGACUGUUUUUUCUAAUACCGACUAUGGAAAUUCCACUGAAUUAAUCCUGGAUGACAUCACCAACAGCACCAUUCUUGAUAACCUCACUGAAAAUAGUGAACCAAUUAAUGACUUCACUCGAGUUGUUGGUGGAGAAAAUGCGAAACCAGGUCAAAUCCCUUGGCAGGUCAUUCUAAAUGGUGAAAUUGAGGCAUUCUGUGGAGGCGCCAUCAUUAAUGAAAAAUGGAUUGUAACUGCUGCCCACUGUCUUAAACCUGGUGAUAAAAUUGAGGUUGUUGCUGGUGAACAUAAUAUUGAUGAGAAGGAAGACACAGAACAAAGGAGAAAUGUGAUUCGAACUAUCCCUCAUCACCAGUACAAUGCAACUAUUAAUAAGUAUAGUCAUGACAUUGCCUUGCUGGAACUGGAUAAACCUUUAAUACUAAACAGCUAUGUAACACCUAUCUGUGUUGCCAAUAAGGAAUAUACAAAUAUCUUCCUCAAGUUUGGUUCUGGUUAUGUGAGUGGCUGGGGGAAAGUCUUCAACAAAGGGAGACAGGCUUCCAUUCUUCAGUACCUUAGAGUUCCACUGGUUGACCGAGCCACAUGCCUUAGGUCCACAAAAUUCAGCAUCUAUAACAACAUGUUCUGUGCAGGUUACCGUGAAGGAGGCAAAGAUUCAUGUGAAGGAGAUAGUGGGGGACCCCAUGUUACUGAAGUAGAAGGGACAAGUUUCUUAACUGGCAUUAUUAGCUGGGGUGAAGAAUGUGCAAUGAAAGGCAAAUAUGGAAUAUAUACUAAGGUUUCCAGGUAUGUCAACUGGAUUAAGGAAAAAACAAAGCUAACUUAAUGAAAAACCUAAUUCCAAAGGCAAUUCGCUGGGAUUGAACAUGGAUGAUUCCUUUGCAAACUAGUCUUUGCACUGUUUGCUAAACUUCAAUACAUAUGCUCUAUAAAUACUGAUUUUUCUCUGUGCAGGGGACAAGCCCAUGUAGGAUCUAUAUUGUAUUAGAUUAAGUAGGUUAGCAAAUAUAAUCGCUAAAGAAAUACUUUAGUAAGAGAUUAACCAGUUCUGCAAGCCCAGUCCUUAUUAAAAUUUUAAAAUUAGAAAGUGUAGCUCCCCAUGUUGCCCAUAAGACAUGAUGGUUCUUGAUGUAGAGAUGUACCCAAUUCUCCCUCCUUGGUAUCAGUUCAUAUUUUAGAUCUUCCUCACCUCUCUCAAAUUUAUUGGUUUUCUGUCCAGAAUCUUUAGCUCGUUUAAGGCCAGAAGAAAGCAGGAACAACUGAUACAUUAAAACUCAUCAAAAGCAUGACUUCCUCUCUUGAUUUUCCCGAAUCCUGUAUCUUUUUCAACUCCCAAUCCACAAAUCACUGUCCCGUCCAUCAUUCUCACCCUCUAGUUCUCCAUCAGCUUUGAAAGAGGAAGAGGUGUGAGUUCCAGGACAGUCAGGAGUACAGAGAAAUCCUGUCUUGAAAGAAAAAAGAAAGAGAGGGGCAGGGAGGAAGGAAGGAAGGAAGAAGGAAGGAAGGAAGAAGGAAGGAGAGAAAGAAUGAUUAAUUUAGUCAUAUUGGUAUAUAUAUAUAAACACCACUAAUCUUACUUGUAACAACCACUUAUUUCUCUGAAGUAAAUACCUUUACCUUGAUAGAUUUCAGGCUAUUAACAUAAAGUUACUGGAAAAGGAGUUGGGAAAACAUAUGCAAAAUUACUUUUAAAACUGUUUCAGCCAGUUUUGAACCUCGAACCAGCUGAGCUUUCUAGAAACACUUCAACGGUUUAUCUUCGGCUUUCUCCAGUGCCAACCACCCUAAGUCGUCUCUCACAGCAGGCCCCAGGAUGCAAGAGUAAAUGGCGAACUGAAUUGCCCAGUUCUGGUUUUCUGCUCCCCAGUGAACUGUGUUAUCAUAAUUAACAUUGUUAUGCUGAAUUUUCUAGAGGGGUGCUGACCACCUGACCCAUUUUUCAUCUGUGAUUUGAUGAACUGGCAUUUUAAUACUUUUCUGGAUCUUUGUAUGAACUUGUUUGGAAUUGACCCAGUCACCUCACACUUAAUGAUGUAUAAAUCGUUUGAACCCCUUGUCACUGUCACCUGUCCCCACCAUACAAUAUCCUACUUUAUUACUGCUGACUCUAUUAAUGUUCCACUACUUACUGCCUCUUUUGUCUUGCAAAAAGUAUCAAUAAACAUCUAUCCAAAUUGC